AUGACUCACUAUCGGUACGUUCGGAUGUGGUGGCUGCCAGUGCUGAUGCAGUGCCUCUGCAUCGGUGCUCAGACCUGGAGCUUUGGUCCUGUACAGUCGGAUACAGGUCAGCAGGCCUCGCAGGAGCCGCAGCCCAGUGACGUGGCAAGUACAGCGAAUCACACGAUACUCACCAGGCAGCUGAUUGUGGGCACCUUGGUGCCGCCCCUAGUGCCACCGGGCACGUGGCCACCGGUACCUUCUAUUGUUAAUCCCGGCACACCCAGCUACUGUCGAUGUGUCCCUCCUGGAUCCUGUGCUAACCCUAUACCUACCGUUCCCAGCGAUGGCAGCGGUCAAAUCGACAUCAGGAUUGUCAAUACAGGAGCGUAUCCCUCAAUUCCAAGCACAAUUGCUCCGCUAACCUGCAGCUACGGGCUGGUGGCCUGCUGCCAGGCAGGAAGCUAUCAGUGUGGCCGGAGAUUCCCACCGCCUCCAGGUUCCGCCACGGCUGGAGCAGGACAGGCCAGCUUCGGAGCAUAUCCCUGGCAGGCGGCACUGCUCACCACGGCGGAUGUCUAUCUUGGCGGAGGAGCACUGAUCACCGCCCAGCAUGUCCUGACGGCCGCCCACAAGGUGUACAAUCUGGCUCUCACCUCCUUCAAGGUUCGUGUGGGAGAAUGGGAUGCCAGUAGCACCAACGAACCGAUUCCUGCCCAGGAUGUGUACGUCUCGAAUGUUUACGUGAAUCCCUCGUUCAAUCCCAACAACCUGCAGAACGAUGUGGCCAUCCUGAAACUAUCGACUCCAGUCUCUCUUACCAGCAAAUCCACGGUGGGCACCGUCUGUCUGCCUACCACUAGCUUUGUGGGUCAGCGCUGUUGGGUGGCCGGCUGGGGUAAGAACGACUUCGGACCCACUGGAGCCUACCAGGCCAUUCAGCGACAGGUGGACGUUCCGCUGAUCCCCAAUGCCAACUGCCAGGCUGCUCUGCAGGCCACACGCCUGGGCGCAUCCUUCGUCCUCAGCCCCACCAGCUUUAUAUGCGCGGGUGGCGAGGCUGGCAAGGAUGCCUGCACAGGAGACGGCGGCUCUCCGUUGGUCUGCACCAACAAUGGGGUUUGGUUUGUGGUGGGACUGGUGGCCUGGGGCAUUGGCUGCGCCCAGGCUGGAGUACCCGGAGUCUAUGUGAAUGUGGGAACCUAUCUGCCCUGGAUUCAGACCACGCUGACCUUGUAAUAAAAGGAUUUAUAGGUUUCGUAGCAAUAAAGUUGAUUUUUUUGUUACAAUAAACAUGUAGAAAGAUAAUACGUAAUAUACGUAUAGAAGAUAA